AUGCGUGUCAAUGACGAGGUAUCAGUGUUAUGCAACGCAGUGGUUGAGGAUCGAAUACGGAAAAGGCAAGUCCUCCGCUUCGGAGAUGUCAGGCCAAGGAAUGGAAUGACGAUGCUUCAGCAGCUGUGUGACACAAGAAAGCGGGGCUUUGGAAUAUAUAAAUGCCUCCCCCCUCUCCCCGUCAUCAACUCUCGCACCAUUGCGCACUUCGACCAAGGAAACCCUCCGACCGUAAGCAAACACUGCCAGAAAAACAUCACCACCUGCCAACAACAACAACCUCAGCGGGACAUAUAUCACCCUACGUCCCCAACAAACCGCCACCGUCACCGAAACCGCUCCCCAUCAUGGUCUGGUCCUGCUGCAGGUGCACCCAAGCCAACGGAAACACCGUCAAGAUCUGCCUCUACAAAUGGUGCGGCCACGCCCGCUGCACCGACGGCUGCCUCCCCGCCCCGCUGUCUUCUCGGCGCCUCCUCCACGUGCCUGCCAUCUCACACACGGUCCGGGUGA